ACUCCUACCUGGGUUGUGGCCAUAUUCCAGUCUUACUACCUCAAAAAUCCCUGCUGUUUUGUGUUUCAUUGGGUGCCAAUUUGUCAUCUCCAAGAAGAAAAAGACAUGAAUGGAAACCCUAUCUCCAACCUAUAUAAUUAUAAUCUCAGCUCUGGAUAUUCAGACAGACAGAAUGGAGAGCACUGUGUUGAAAGAGACUAUUUACUUUCUUCUGCGUCUUACUAUGCAGCCAUAAUAUCAUACCUCCUUAGCCAGUCAGAAGCUUACGGUGAGCUGGAUCCAAAAUGUCUUCUCCAUUCCUCACCAAAAAAAGAACAACUGUUGUCAAGUGGUAGGAAUGGUACCUCUUCUCAGGGUCCUCCCUCCUCUUUGGCUCAGUUACCUGCUUAUGUCUUGAGUGACUCUAGUCACUUCCAUCAUGAUCCCUUACAAGCCAAGAGGGCCAGGGUUGAAAACAUUAUCCAGGGAAUGAACACCAUGCCAAACCCAAUGGGGCCUUGUAAUUUAGAAGAUCAGCGCCAUGCUGAUAAAACAAAGAAGGGCUAUCAAGAUAACAAGAGAAAACAGAAACUUCCUCAGCAGCAAACUUUGUUGUCAGGAACUGAUAGGAACAACAUCCAGUCAGAGGAAUAUCUCCAUCUGAAAAAUCAGUUUCAUCUUUUGGAACAUCAGCUGAAGCAACUUCAAGAAAGGUUCAUCCAUCCUCGUGAAGUCCAUUUUUCCAAUCUGAAUCAAGAGAGUAUGAAGGAGACAACUAACAAAUUGAAGGAAAUGUUUGGACCAAAUUGGGACAAUAGUAAUUGUGCUGUCAUAAAUGGCCAACAAAGAGAUUAUUUCCAAAACAAUAUUCCUGCGAUGAAAAGCCCUGAAUUGUCAGAGAAAGAAGCUGAAAUUAUGGAUUCAUGCAUUCCAUUGUCAGAAGAAAUAAUUCUUUCAGAUACUUUGAAACACGAGUUAAUGCAAGGAGUGACAGAGGCUGUGGACUCUGUCUUGAAAAGGGUCUUGUCUAAAUCCCCAGGCCUCCAGUCCCAACUGCCUUUUGGCUCCCCAGAAGCAGUGUCCUCUCCUGGAAGAGAAUUUAUAGGUCUUGGAAGAAAUCCAUCAAGGAAAUGGCUUCCAAAGAUCUUUUCCCAUGAAGGCUCAAUAUCAGUACUCACAGAAAAAACUCAUGCCCUUUCAGGUUGUUCCAUUCACUCAAAACCUGGAAGAAAACCCUGCCAAGUGCUUUGUGAGAAUUAUCCCUUAACCUCCCCUGAAGUCCAAAAAGAUGGCCUUAUUCGUCAGAUGCUACUACAUGGUCCAGAUAGCCAUUGGGUCAGUCCCACACCAAGGAUGGUCUCUUUGCCAGAGUCCUUAGAUAUGCUGCAGCAACCAGUCAAACUGAAAUCCUCUAGUAUGAGACAGCAACAAUAUCCAACAUCAUGUAAAUCUGUUGAAAUAGAUACUUUGGCUUCUCUUCCAACAUCAAAGGGAGCGUUUGCUGAAACGUGUGCUCUGAUGGAUGGGGUGUACUUUCCCGCAAUGCAUAUAUCCUUUAAAAGCUUAAAAAAAAAAAUCUUCAUCUACCGUGUAUUGACCAUAGGGUUACACAGGAGGGCAUAG